UUCGCUACACCAAUGUCUAAUGGCGUAUGAGAUUCGGACAACGUCUGCGCCGGUAUCGUCGUCUCGAUUAUCUGAUUACCACGACAAUUUUGGGCUCAGAUUUGGUGAUGAACCCUACUUUCGAAAUGAAGAGAGAAGAAGCACCUUUGUUAUUUGCAGAAAGAAAAUUGGGAUGUCUUAAUUUUAGAUGAUGCAAAAGGGUAGUGGAGGAAUUUGUGCUGAGUUGGACGCCCCAUACUCCAAAGCAGGAUGAUAAACCCUGAAAAAUGUCCCAGACACUAAACCUGCUCUUUUCCUCAAAAUCCAGCUAAAAGUUGCGGGUCACGUGGGUUAGUCCCGGGUCAAGCGGACUGUUGUCAAACCCACCAAACGUUUGGAAAAAGUAGGAUUAACCUACCAAAAUUGUCGUGGUAAUCAGAUAAUCGAGACGACGAUACCGGCGCAGACGUUGUCCGAAUCUCAUACGCCAUUAGACAUUGGUGUAGCGAAGUUCUUCUGGGAAAAUUAUGGCAAGUAGAAGGGCAAUGAACGAAAUGAUUAUCCAGGUUAUGACCGACAUAAUUCGGGACCAUCAGUUCGACAUCAUUUGUGUUAUCCUCAUCUACCUUCGAAGCAUUAGAUGGGGACGACGUUUCUCUCCUCUCGAUCUUAGAAAGAGCUAUUCGUAUAUCCGGCGGAUGCCACAACAGGUUCGACACAUGAACAGACUCACUGGUGUGAGUGAUGUGUCUUGUCUUGAAAAUUUGCGAAUGGAUAGAAACGCUUUUGGGAGGCUGUGUAUCAUGCUUCGGCAAACAGGUGAUGUAGUCGAUGGUCGGUAUGUCACCGUGGAGGAACAAGUUGCCAUGUUUUUAGGAAUCUUGGCCCAUCACAAGAAGGUUCGAGUAGUGAAGUUCAACCAUUGGAGGUCAGGGUAUACAGUUUCAAAAUCUGUCCAUGUUGUCCUGAGGGCCGUGAUUAAGCUUCAUCGUACCUUUUGGGUUGUUCCUGAAGCCGUGGAUGACGAUUGUGAGGAUCACAAAUGGAAAUGGUUCAAGGGGUGCCUAGGAGCUCUCGACGGCACAUACAUCAACAUACAAGUACCAAGUGUUGACAAGCCUCGAUACCGCUCUCGAAAGGGGCAGAUUUGCACUAAUACCCUAGCCGCUUGUGAUCGCAGUAUGCGGUUCGUUUACGUUCUGGCCGGAUGGGAAGGCUCUGCCGGGGAUGCUCGUGUGCUAAGGGAUGCCGUUAAUCGCGAAAAUGGCUUCAAAGUCCCAAGAGGAAAGUACUAUCUUUGUGAUAAUGGAUAUGCAAAUUGCGAAGGAUUCCUAACACCAUUUAAAAGUGUCCGAUAUCAUCUCAAAGAAUGGGGCCCGGCCGCCGGGGCCCCUCAGAAUCCACGUGAAAUCUUCAAUAUGAGACACACACGGGCUCGCAACGUCAUUGAACGUGCAUUUGCCGUUUUGAAAAUGCGAUGGGGGAUAUUAAGGAGUGCUUGUUACUACCCGGUGAAAAUUCAAACGCAACUCAUUUUAGCAUGUUUUCUUCUACAUAACUAUGCUAGAACAGCAAUGCCAGUGGAUCCACUCGACCAACUCUCCGACGUAAAUGAUGACCAAAUAGUCGCUGAAUCUGAUGACCCCAAUGUCGAAGGAGAGUAUAUCGAUUCUGUGGACCCAUCUAAUGCUUGGACACAAAUGCGAGAUGACUUAGCGGGAUCCAUGUGGGAGGAGUAUGUGAAUCGCCAUAUAUGAAGACCACAAACCACCUUUUCUGAAACCAUAUCUUUGGCUGAGGACAAGGGACCACGUGCUGCGACCGAUUGCACCUUUUGCGUAGCAAUAUAUGAUCCAUGUUGUUGAAGAACUAAAACACAAUAGAGUUGUAGUUUAACUAAUUGGUGUCACAUUGC